AUGGCGGCUCAUCUCCUGGCCCUAGUCUACUUCCUCGCCCUCACUCCGGCGCUCGCGCACCCGUGGAAGCGCGCCGAGCUCGGCGUGCCCGAGUUCAAGCUCCCGGCGCCCGCUUACGGCCCGCGCAACCCCUCGUUUCUCCUCGGCCCCGGCAAGGCAGGCGUCGCGACCGAGGAGAAGGUCUGCUCCGAGCUCGGCCUGUCCCUCAUGCGCGACAAGGGCGGCUCGGCCGUCGACGCGGGUAUCGCCUCGGCCCUCUGCGUCGGCAUGAUCAACGCCUUCGAGUCCGGUAUCGGUGGUGGUGGCUUCAUGGUCGUCAAGCCGUCGCCCAACUCGGGUGAGCAGGCCCAGCAGAAGAAGCGCAGCACGGUCAAGCGUCACAGGGACCGCUGCGGCGACGACGAGGAGUACGGCCACGGCGGUCAUGGCGGCAAGGGAGGCAAGGGAGGUGACGGCGGCAAGGGCGGCGAUGGGGGCAAGGGUGGGGACGGAGGCAAGGGCGGUGAUGGCGGCCAGGGCGGCGAUGGCGGCGAUGGAGGCGACGGUGGUGACGGCGGCGACGGUGGUGACGGUGGUGACGGCGGUGACGGCGGUGAGGGUGAGGGCGGCAACACCCCCUCGACCAUCUACUCGAUCAACUACCGCGAGGUCGCUCCCGCCGGUGCCAGCCAGGACAUGUACGCCGCGACCGGCCGCAACGGCUCUCAGAUUGGCGGCCUGGCCGUCGGUGUUCCCGGCGAGCUUCGCGGCUGGGAGAAGGCGCACAAGCUCGGUGGUCGUCUGCCAUGGCACGACGUUGUCCAGCCUGUCGCCGACCUCGGCGCCAACGGCUGGAAGGUCUCCAAGCAGCUCGCGUCCAUCCUGUCUGGCCCCUACUCCGAGUUCAUGAAGGACGACCCGAACUUCGCCGAGAUCUACUGGCCUACCGGCUCCCCCGCCAAGGAGGGCGACACGAUCUACCGCAAGAAGUACGCUGCGGCGCUCACCAAGAUCGCCAACGAGGGCGCCGACGCGUUCUACACCGGCGCCAUUGCCGAUGACAUCAUCAAGGCCACCUCGGCGCGCAACGGUAUCCUCACCCACGGCGACCUCGCCAACUACACUGCCGUCCAGCAGGAGGCUAUCAGCACGACCUUCCGCGGCAAGACGGUGCACACGAUGGACGCGCCGUCCAGCGGUCUCGUCAUGCUCGGCCUGCUCAACAUCUACGAGCCGUACUUUGGCCAGGCCGAGUGCUGGAGCACCGACGACAUGUUCCACCGUCUCGAGUCGAUGCGCUUCGCCUUUGGCGCGCGUACCAAGGUCUCAGACCCGGCCUUCAACCCCAACCGCACCCUCAUUGAGAGCUACAAGACCAAGGAGUGGGCCGACGAGCAGCGCGCCAAGAUCACCGACAGGACCCACGAGCCGGCCUACUACGGCAUGACCCAGAUCUCGCCCCCCGACCACGGCACCACGCACGUCUCGGUGCUCGAUGCUGACGGCGGCGCGUUCAGUGCCACCACGACCGUCAACCUCGCCUGGGGCAGCCACGUCAUGACGUCCGAGUACGGCAUCAUCCUCAACAACCAGAUGGACGACUUCGCCGUCCCUGGCGCGCCCGACGCGUUCGGCCUCGCCCCCCAGGUUGCGAACUACAUUGCGCCCGGCAAGCGCCCCCUCUCGUCCACGGCGCCCACAAUCAUCGAGGACGAGGAGGGCAACGUCGUGACCGUCAUCGGCGGCGCGGGCGGCUCGCGCAUCUUCCCCGGAGUCGCGCAGGCGAUCCUCAACCUCGAGUGCGGCGACGACGUCAACCGCGCCAUCCAGCGCCCCCGCUGGCACUCGCAGCUCAGCCCCAACGUCACCACGCUCGAGGUCGGUAUCAACGACGACGCCGAGCCCAAGGACGUCGUGCGCGGCCUCGAGGACAGGGGCUACUACAUCGCUCUCUUCGACCUCAACUACCCCACCAGCAACGUCCUCGGCGUGCACGUUACCGACGAGGGCGUCACCGCCGCCAGCGACUCGCGUCUCAACGGUGUCGCGGCGGUCUACUAAGCAAGAGAUUAAUAAUACCAGUCAAAAGGGAAUGAAACGGGCUUGCGCAAGG